UAGUUAGUGACAGCUACACUUCCAAAAUUUCAAACUUAAUGAAUCGUUGGUUGAUUGAAUAUAUUUUUAGAAAUGUACGUACCUAUAUAUUUGAAAUGUACCUAGUAAUUAUAUAGAUCGCGUUGUAUAAAUAUUUCAUCAUUGACAUAAUGACUUCAAACGAAAGUAAAAGUGAUGAUGGAACCGAAAGUCACACUAUAUUGGGAAAAAUCAAUGACGGUGUGGUCAAUAAGGUCAGUCAAAAAUUAAUCAAUUCAUAAAUAGGCACCUGAUAUUAGAGACUUUACUAUAAUAAAGCCCAUCAGCCGUGGUGCCUUCGGAAAAGUUUUUCUGGCCCACAAAAAUAACAACAAAGAACAAAUGUAUGCCAUUAAAGUGAUGGAAAAAUCUGAAAUGAUAAACAAAAAUAUGGUAGCUCAAGUAGUUACUGAAAGAAAUGCACUUGCUUUAUCAAGGAGUCCAUUUUGUGUCCAUUUGUUUUAUUGCCUGCAAUCAGCUUCCUCUGUAUUCUUAGUCAUGGAGUACAUGGUUGGAGGUGAUUUGAAGUCUCUAUUAGGUGUAUAUGGUUUUCUCGAAGAAUCUAUGGCUGUGUUCUAUGUGGCAGAAGUAGCACUUGCUCUGGAAUAUCUGCACAAGCACAACAUAGUUCACAGGGAUCUGAAACCUGAUAAUAUGUUGAUUGCAAAGAGUGGACAUGUCAAGUUGACUGAUUUUGGAUUGUCCAAAGUUGGAGUUCAAAGAGACUUGGAAAUAUCAGACUUUGUAAACCGUACACCAAGUUUAAACUUAAGGACCCCUGGCCAACUCCUUUCUCUGACAUCUCACAUAUCCUUUGGAUCUGGUGGAGGAGAGAGCACUCAAACAUCUAUUGUUUCAGUUGAUGCCUGUGAGAACCUCCUUGAUGAACUUAGGGAGACCAGUAAAGUCAGGGAUGAUGGUGUCAAUGAAUUAGGAAAUUCACAUUUAAUGGACCAUUCUCAGUUAUCUGGUAUACAUCCAUUCAUGAGUGCUGACAGCAUUACAUUGGAUGAUGUGGUUUCUCAAGAUUCAGGAUCAGAGUCAUUAAGUUCGUACCAUACAUGUGAAAGUUCCAAAAACAGUAGUAGCUCCAGAAGCAAGUCUACAAAUACCAGCAGCCAGAACAGUUCUCUUGGAGAAUCAGCUGUGUUAUCAGAUUCGCAGCAUAGCACAGAUAACUCCACUUCUCCUCUUUGUCGAGGCCAUUCAUUGAAAAGGAUCCCUAGUUUUAGGGCAAAGAAAAGGAAGAGAAUUUUGGAUUGUGAUGGAGGCACUCCUACAGGAGUUACAAGUCUUGCUGAGUCCAAGGAGAACCAUAGUGGGCUUACUCAAGAAAUAAUGGGCUUGGAGCUCAGCCAGAAUACUCCUAAAAGAUUGGCCUUACAUCCCACCCCUGAUAGACAUAAGAAUCCUAUAAAAGGCGUUUUGAAAAAGAGAUGGGUAUCUCAAAAUGACAGCCACCAUUUCAAUGUGGGAGUAAUAUUUUCAACACCUGUUUCAAAUAACAAAGCAGAUGCCAAGAAAAGGCACAAAUCAACCCGUUUUAACUUGCCAAAGGAUGAACAACCUUCAAAUGCUAAAGAGAAAUCAAUUGUAUUUAGUAAACACAUAUCUACUAGUUUAGAAAUAUUUCCUACAAGAAGGUCAAGUAAAGGUGAAAGAUCGCCAACAGAUCUGUGCAAAACACCACUGGCAAUGGCCCACACGCCGUACCGUACUCCGAAGAGCGUUAGACGUGGCAACCAAAUAUCAGACCAGAGGAUUUUGGGCACUCCAGAUUAUUUGGCACCAGAGUUAUUGUUGAAGGAAGGUCAUGGACCAGCUGUGGAUUGGUGGGCUCUGGGCGUAUGUCUUUACGAAUUCAUGACAGGAGUGCCUCCAUUCAACGAUGAGACUCCGCAGGCUGUCUUCAAAAAUAUACUAUCCAGAAAUAUAGAAUGGCCGGAGGCGGACGAGGCGCUGUCGGCGGAGGCGGUGGGCGCCAUCGAGGCGCUGCUGACCAUGGAGCCGGGCCAGCGCCCGGCCGCCGCGCACCUGAAGGCCAUGCCCCUGUUCCGCAACGUGGACUGGGACCACCAGCUCGAUGCGGAGCCCCCGUUCGUGCCCACGCCCGAUGAUCUACACGAUACCGGAUAUUUCCAAGCUCGCAACAUCCUGCAGCAACUACACGUUUCCAACUUCGACAUGUAGAUACCACGCGACCGUAUGUAGAACAUUACUUGUAUGUAGUAGUAAUUAUGAAGUUGAUUAGUGAUUUAUAACAUUAGUGAUUUAUAUGUGUGAUAUUAUAAUCGUGGAUGAAGUGAUUUUUUAUUGUAUAUAGCCGGAAUAGCGAAAAUUAAAUAGUAUAAUUUAAAAAAAGUGAUCAACUACUCUGUAGAUAAGUAUUUUAUCAUAUUGUGCCAUUUUGAGCAGAAAUCUACCUCAAAUAAUCGAUAUAAUUAUAUUCGAGAUUGUUUUCAUUAUCAUAUCUUAAAUAAUAAUCCUAAUCCACAGAAGUUUAGUAAGUUACACUGUUCCGGUUUGUGUAUUAUGUUAGGUAGUGAGUAGUAGUAAUACUUGGUAUAGCAAGCGAACCGAUAUCUAAGGGUCAUUUUCCACACCAUCAAUCCGAAAUCUCUAAAACAUUUUAUGUAUAGUAGACAAACAAACGCGGACCCAGGACUCCAACGCUUGAAACCUGAUGAAGAAACCGAAGAAAGAUACAUACAUAUAUAACCCACUUGGAUUGGUUUAUAGAACAAAAUGGGAGAGACGGACACACAUGGUCGUUGUUUUAGCGUGUUGUUGGUUCGCUUGUUUUAUCAAACCAGGGCGCCUACCAUCAACUAUUACACAAUGAUUCAAAUGCAGGCAAUUCAGUUUAGGAACCUAAAAUGAAUCGCGGUAUUUGGUACCACCAACUUAUCUUAACAAAGUCGCAUUUGAAUCGUAAGGAGUUAAUGAAAUUCAUAAAAAAACUAAAAUUGUCUCUGAAUCGUAAACCCCAGUGACAGAAACCAAAUGUAAGAAACAGAUAAGGCUAUACGAUCUCUAUAUAUUUUAUCUCGUUUCAAGAGUUACGUUCCGAUAUCAAAUUAUUAACAUUUUGAGCAAACAAUAUGUAUUUUUUUGUUACUUAAAAUUAAAAUUUGAUUUGUAUACACAUUAUGAUGAUACACAAUUAAUCAUGAAUGAUGAUUAUACACAAUUAAUCAUGUAACUAACACAAAGAUAAUAAUAUACGUUAUUAUCUUUGUGUUAGUUACAUGACUAAAGUAAAUACAAAACACAAUAAAAUAAAAUAUUUAAAUUACAAUAAAUGCAAUAUAAUUUAGACUAACAAAUUUCAUAAUCAUAACACUAAACACAAACUUCGGAAUAUAAAACCGUACCACGAUGGAGUUUCGGUGGCAAAACUAGUAACUAUCAAUAACAGAUAAACCACGUUUUUGUUUUUAGCGACAGUAGCGUCACGUCUGUGGGACUUCUUUCGUGGUAAUCAAUCGGAAUUAGUAACUUUUUUUGAAUCGCGAAUUUUGACAGAUACGCGAUCCAGUUUACAUUCUCAUUGCACAUCAUGGUACCGAGUUGAAUGCAAAAUGAAUGAAUGCAAUCGAAACGGCGUAUUAUUUUGGUGACUACCAAUAAUGGAUCGUUAUGUCAACUUGAUGGUACAAAUUAGCCAUGCAGAUCAGUUUAGGUCCUGGACUGGAUCGCAUUAAGAGAUGAUGGUAAGCCCCCAGUUCUCCUUAGAAUUAAAGACUGAUUUUUAGGACUGUGUAUGUGUAUUUCGUGUUUUAUAGAUUGUAAUAUAUUAAUUUUAUAAUUCUAUAAACCACAUUAUUUUAGCUGUGUUCAUUAUAAACAGGAUUAGAAAAUAAAAAUUAGGUGGAAUCUUAUAAA